AUGUCGACAGAAACAUUCGUCCUUCCCGGCGAUCAUAUUGCUUCAGAAUUAUUACCUUCUCACCCAAGUCUACCAUUGAAGCUCGGCCCUGGGUUAAGACAUAUUCCUCCAAAUACAAUUACUUCAACUGUAGCAGGUCAGCUACGAACAGAUUCAAGGAAAAAUGCAGUGUGGGUUGAAUUUAAUGCUGGUCGAUACAUUCCAACAGUAGGGGAUCUGGUAAUUGCUUCCAUUAAGAAAUCAGCAGGAGACGUCUUUUAUGCAAAUCUUAGCGACUUUACAUCGGAUGCCAGUUUACCAGUUCUCUCCUUCGAAGGAGCUACGAAGAAAACCAGACCGCAGCUUGAAAAGGGCGCGCUAGUAUAUGCACGAGUUACUCUUGCAAACAAACAUAUGGAUCCUGAAUUGGAGUGUGUAUCAGCAUCGACGGGUAAAUCGGAAGGUUUGGGACCAUUGGAGGGAGGGAUGCUUUUCGAUAUAUCUCUCGGAAUGGCAAGACGAAUGAUGAUGGCUCGCCCAGCUGAACAAGGUGGUUUGACGAUACUUGAGGAAUUGGGAGAGGCUGGUGUUUCGUUUGAGAUUGCCGUGGGAAGGAAUGGAAAAGUUUGGGUGGAUAGCAAGACAGUAAAGACUACAUUGGCGAUAGGAAAGGCCUUGAAAGAAACGGACGAAAAAGGUCUGUCACCGGAAGAUCAAAAGAAACUAGCUAAAAAGCUGGGACGCGAGGCUUGA